GCCAUGCACACGGAUGACGUUGCUAGAAAAAGUUCUGCUGCUGCUGUUGCUGGCAGUGGUUGCCGCCCUUAUUGCUGUUGUCAUCGUCUUAAUCGUGGAGAAAAAUAAAUCCCCGAGCAGCGCCCAGGUGUCUCCUGCAAUAGCGGCGUCAGAUGUCUGCAUGUCUCAAGAAUGUGUCAAGACAUCUGCUAGUGUGGCCAGCAAAAUGGACUUAAAAACUGACCCGUGUGAUAACUUCUAUCAGUUCUCCUGUGGUCAGUGGCUCAAGGAAAACGUCAUCCCAGAUGACCAGUCCAGAUUCAACAUGUUUCGAGUCUUGAAAGAUAAAGUGAACAUAAUUUUAAAAGAUUUGUUGGAGCAACCAGAUAAGCAAGACAUUCCAAGCAUUAAGAAAGCCAAGGAUUUGUAUGCAUCAUGCAUGAACAUGGACCAAAUCAACAAGCUGGGAGAUGGCCCAAUCAAGCAAUAUCUGGCCGACACUUACGGCGGUUGGCCGUUGACAAACAGCUCUUGGGACGAGGGUAGUUUUGAUUUGGCCACGACGAUUGCUAACCUUCAUCGAAACGAGCUCUACAUAAUAAUUACGCUGUACGUCUCCUCAGACAACAUGAACUCUUCCAGAUACAUCAUGCAGAUAGACCAGCCGUCGUCAUUCGGCCUGCCAGGACAGAAGUAUUACCUGGUGGAGAGAAACGACACAAUGCUAAAAGCUUAUGAAGAAUUUAUUUACGCUGUGGGUAACCUCAUGGGUUUCGCUAAUGCUAGCAUUGCAGCUCAGGAUAUCAAAGAUAUUGUCGACUUUGAGAUUCAGCUGGCAAAUAUAUCAGUCCCUGAUGAACAACGAAGAGACAGCAAAACAUUAUACAACCCCAUGACGCUGAGAGAAAUUAUUGGGAACUACAGUCAACAAUUCAAUUGGACAAGUUUUUUCAAUCAAAUCUUCUCAAGUCCCGAGAUCGGCCUUACAGAUGUGACUGGUGAUGAAAUUUUGAUCAACUUGUCUCCCUUGUACUAUGAGCGUUUAUCAAAGGUGCUAGAAGCCACACCAAAAAGGACGAUAGCUAACUUCCUGAUGUGGCGUCUGAUCAAGCAACACUUUGAUGCUAUGGGAGACAAAUACCUGGCAGUGCAGGCUGUGUAUGAUAAGGUCGUUUAUGGCACUACUGCUAGAAAACCAAGGUACAAGAUUUGUGGUUCCUACACAACCUCAGUUCUCUCCCUUCCGGUUGCACAACUUUAUAUAAAAGACAACUUUGAUGUUCAAGCAAAGAAUAUUGCAUCUGAUAUGAUAACACGACUCCAAGCUUCCUUUAAUGAACUUCUGGCUUAUGUGGACUGGAUGGAUGAAGACACUAAAUUGGUAGCCAAGGAAAAGAAUGCGUUUAUAUUACCAAAGAUUGGUUAUCCUAAGGAGGUCCUCAAUAAUACUUACCUAGAAGAAGCAUAUAAAAAUCUAACAUAUGAUGUUAAACAUUUUUUCAAUAAUAUCCUGACUAACAAAAGAGAACAUUUCUUUGAAUGUUUUCGACAGCUGAGGAAGAAGGUUGAUAAAGAAAAAUGGGCCAAAGCACCAUCAACUAUAAAUGCCUACUACAGCUCAUUAAAAAACCAGAUCAUGUUUCCUGCAGGCAUCCUUCAACCACCAUUUUUUAGCAAGAAUUUUCCAAUGUCAAUGAACUAUGGAGGUAUAGGGAUGGUUAUUGGUCAUGAAAUAACUCAUGGCUUUGACGACAGAGGACGGCAAUAUGAUAAAAAUGGAAAUUUAGUAGACUGGUGGUCCUCAUCUGCUAUAGAUAAGUUCAAGGGCAAAGUUAGCUGCAUAAUAGAACAAUAUGGCAACUUUACUGAACAGCUGACAAAAGAAAAACUAAAUGGAAUCAAUACACAAGCAGAAAACAUAGCAGAUAAUGGUGGCUUAAAGCAGUCAUUUAGGGCAUACAGAAACUGGGUUGACAAACAAGGGAAAGAGGAGCAAAGGUUGCCUGGUUUGAAUUUCACCCAUAAUCAGCUGUUCUUUAUCAAUUUUGCUCAAUUGUGGUGCAAUUUAAUGACAAAAGAAAAUGCACUUAAAACAAUUAAAGUAGGAGUUCACAGUCCAGGUGAAUUCAGAGUUAUUGGAAGUGUCCAAAAUUCCAAGGAAUUUUCUGAAGCAUUCAACUGCCCCCUUGGUUCCAACAUGAACCCACAGAAGAAAUGCUCAGUAUGGUAACCUGUUGAUAACCCUGAUAUGUUCUGUUAUAAAAGUGAUAACACAGCCUGGUGACGAUAAACUCAACAGUCUUCAAUUUUGUCUUAACUCAACUUUAAAUUUGAUUACAACUCUGAUGAUGAAACUUCCAUAAAUCAGACCGAAUGUUUACAAUAUUUGUUCUUUGCCAACUUUAAUAAAAACUCUAUUGUAAAAACAGAUAGCACUGCUAUUCAGAUCAGAUUAGUUUUCUAAUACUUUUCAACUUUGCUAUAGUUAUAAA